AGGAAUAUUCUUCUCCUUGGUGCACUGAGUGUCCUGUCUGCAGUCGGGGCGCUUCCUCCUGAGCCAGCAGCAUGGGAGGUUCUACUUCCUCCCUUGUUGAUGAGGCCGAGGGGGAAUCUGCCCCCCGGGGUGCCGCCUUGCCCCCCUCCCCCGUCAUGGGAUGUCUGAGGAGCAGCCAGAGCACCUCCAUCCCUCGACAGAGCCACAGACCCAGCAGGCACCGAGAGCGCAGUUUCUCUUCAGGUUCGAUGCCCAUGCAGAGGAGCCAGUGGGCUUGUGGUUGUUGCACUUUUCUAAACGCAGCCGGCGCCCACCGCUGCUCCAUCUGUGAAGCCCCCCGGCGCUGGACGUGGCAGCCAGGGGGCAGCAGGGAGGAUGGUCGCUGGUCCUGCCCACGCUGCACACUCGCCAACCCCCCCGACAGCCUGUCCUGCUCUCUGUGUCUCUACAGUGGAGCACCGGAGCGACCCCGGCGUUCCUCUGAGGAGCAGCCCCGGCCCCAGCGCUCCAGCAGCUGCUCCGGACCCCUGAGGACGUCGUACUCUGAGCAAAACACAAAAGAUGCAGCUAAAAGCAGCCUGCAUUGGGAGUGUUCGAGGUGCACUCUGCAGAACACCCCUACCUCCAUGUCCUGCUCCGCAUGUGGCGGGCCUCGCAAACUGUCUCUCCCCCAGAUCCCUGCAGACGCCCUGCUCCUGCCUGACGAUCAAACUGUGCAACAAGCAGAGCCUGCAGCCGGCGCGUUUUCUCUUUCCAUAUCCACCGGAGGAGAGAGUUUACCCGUAGAAGCUUCAUCUCCACACACAAACUCCUCCUCGAUGCUCAGCGCAGGGUCUUCCUCUCAUAAUAACCCCCUCCCCUGCAGCCGCAGAGAGGUGCCACCUCCAGAAGGCUGCCUCAAUCAAACUCACAACUUAAGUCCUUCUCCGUCCACGCUCGCUAUUUCACAUCUGUCCACCCAGCCAGAGCAGCAGCCCGGCAGGCGGCUCAGCAUCCUGAAGGAGGAGAUGUCCCCGCUGUCCCCUGCCCCGGACGGCCCUGCAUCUUUCCACCAGAGUGUCAACAGGACGGAGGAGUGGGCGUGUCCAGCCUGCACGCUCAUUAAUGUGGGCAAAGCCAAACACUGCCUGGCCUGCCACACUCCUCAGCAACAGGGCCGGCAGCUGAAGCCUGCUCCGUCCCCGGGGAGGAAGGAGAGCAUGCUGGUGGAGGAGCUGCGGCAGAGCGAUGAAGGAGAGGCCAAGGAGCUGUGGGAGAACAUCGUCAGCUUCUGCACUGAGAAUGCCGUGACGUUUGUGGACGACAGCUUCCCCCCCGGUCCGAAGUCGGUGGGCUUCCCAGUAGACGACAGCGUCCAGCAUCGGGUCAGAAAGUGGCUUCGUCCUCACGAAAUCAACUGCUGCAACUCGAGAGACCGCACAGUGAAGUGGUCUGUCUUUCGAACGCUUCGUCCGUCCGACAUCCUGCAAGGACUUCUGGGUAACUGCUGGUUCCUGAGUGCCUUGGCUGUUCUGGCUGAACGUCCCGAGCUGGUGGAGAAGGUGAUGGUGACGCGCGCGCUGUGUGCAGAAGGAGCCUAUCAGGUGCGUCUGUGCAAAGACGGCUCGUGGACCACCGUGCUGGUGGACGACAUGCUGCCGUGUGACGAGAACGGACACCUCCUCUUCUCUCAGGCCCAGCGGAAGCAGCUCUGGGUGGCUCUGAUUGAAAAAGCUCUGGCCAAGCUGCACGGCUCCUACUUUGCUCUGCAGGCAGGUCGUGCUAUCGAGGGUCUGUCCACGCUCACCGGAGCCCCCUGCGAGUCUCUGGCUCUGCAGGUCAGCACCACCAACCCCAAGGAGGAGUCCAUCGACACAGACCUCAUCUGGGCCAAAAUGCUGAGCUCCAAAGAGGCAGGUUUCCUGAUGGGGGCGUCCUGUGGGGGUGGUAACAUGAAGGUGGAUGACUUGGAGUACGAGUCCCUGGGUUUACGUCCAAGACACGCUUACUCUGUGCUAGACGUGAGGGAUGUAGACGCUCACAGGUUAGUGCAGCUGAGGAACCCGUGGGGCCGCUUCUCCUGGACGGGAUCCUGGGCCGAUGACUGGCCCAGCUGGCCUCCCAACCUGAAGAGGGAGCUUUGUGCCCAGAGAGCUGAGGACGGCCUCUUCUGGAUGGACUUCUGGGAUUUCAUCAGGUACUUUGACUCAGUGGAUAUCUGUAAGAUUCAUUCAGACUGGCAGGAGGUGAGAACGCCGGGUGUUUUCCCCCGAGGAGCCAACGUCCCGCUGACGCUGGUGUCCAUCACGGUGCUGGAGAGGACCGCCAUGGAGCUGGCUCUGUUCCAGCAGGGCAGCAGGCGGUGGGACACAGCGGAGAGCCACCUGCUGGAUCUGUGUGUGUUGUUGUACCGAGUUUCCUACGACAGCACGGGGUCGCCCACGCUCGGCCGCCUGCUGGCUCACAGCCGCCGCUCUGUGAGGAGGUUUGUGGGCUGCGACGUGAUGCUGGAGCCGGGAGAGUACGCCGUGCUCUGCUGCGCCUUCAACCACUGGCACAGCAGCCCCCCAGAGGGGAACAGUAAGGCCUCUGAGGAGCCGGGCUACAUGCUGGCGGUCUACAGCUCCAGGCUGGUGAUGGUGGAGCAGGUAACGGCCUCCAGCAACACCAUCGCCGACGCCAUCAUCCAGCUCACCGAAACUAAAGGAGAGAGACACGAGGGUCGAGAGGGGAUGACCUGUUACUACCUGACCCACGGGUGGGCGGGGCUUAUCGUCAUGGUGGAGAACAGACACCCGAGACAUCACCUCCACGUGUCAUGUGACUGCAGCGACAGCUUCAACGUGGUGUCGACGCGCAGCAGCCUCAAAACCAUCGACAGCAUCCCGCCUCUGCACAGGUGUUCCUCUCUCAGGCAGGUGCUGGUGGUUUUGUCUCAGCUGGAGGGAAACGCUGGUUUCUCCAUCACUCACAGGCUGGCUCACCGUAAGGCCGUGCAGGCUUCUCUGGGGAACUGGAGUCCCUCGAAGGCAACACACAGCCCGGCUCUGAGCCCGGAGAUAGCAGGUCUGCAUCAGCCCCGCCCCCUCUGACCCCCCCGGCCCCUCUGACCCCCAGCACCAGGAUCCAGAUAAAAGAUCUGCUUCACACACUACACAGGGGAUUUAACAGGGAGGCAGCUGCUUUAAAGGAACAGUCCAACAUCUAAGGAGUAGCUUUGGAUCAUUUCAGGUCAAACAUUGACUAAAUGUAGUACAUGGGAGGUGAUAUAUAAUCAGUGAAAUACAUUCUGAAUUAUGAUUACAGUGAAACAUUUACAAAAGACAUUUGCGAGAUGAAAAAAUAUUCUCCGAAAUCAAAAUGGUAAAAUGAUGGUAAAAGAAUCAGAAGUUUCACUUGAAAAAAAACCCUCAGAUAUUCUCAGAGAAUACAUGUGUACAUUAAAAAACACAUUUACAAUAAUUUCUUUUUCAAUAUCCCCAAAGACACUUUUUAAUCUACGGGAAAGGAUAAUUAUCCGAGAUUUAAAUUAUAAAUAAAAUGUUCAACAUCUUGGCAAUACUGAAAAAAACAAAUAACAAAGAAAAGUCACCAGCCAACAACCCCGGUUUUAAAAUCCCAACUAAAAUAAAUAAUUACACUGUCAUUUCGCACUCAAAUAAGACCAUUUAUAUCACCAGAAUAAAUGUGUUUUUUGCACUAGGACAAAUGUUUUUGUUGCACUAAAAUAAAUAAUAAGGCUGUUUUUCCCCCCUAAAUAUUACCCCCUCCCCCGGCUCGAAAGUUAUUUGUUUGUAACCUUAAAUGACCCAAAUACACCAUAUUACAUUUCUCUUAAAUGUUGGACUUGUUUACAAAGAGUAAUCACAUUUAGUGAGUCGUUCUGUUUCAGCUCCCACGUUUUGGAGUCAGAGCUCCCCUGAGACAGAAAGAAUCUUUUAUUAUUAUAAUUAAACCUUAAUGGGGAGAAUAAAACAGUUAUGCAGCUUUUUAUGUUUAUGUUAGGUUACACAUUAGAUAAUAACAUGUUAUCAUUAGAGCACGUCAUACAAGAGAUGCAGCUCAAAGUGCUUCACUAAAAAUAAAUGCAACACACUUUUACCAACACAGAAUACAAUCAAACAUAAAGACAUGCUCAAAUAUACAAGUGAUAUUAAAAUAAUUUGAGAUUUUAUAAAGAAAAUAUUGAGGAUUGCUUUAUAUAUAGGCCAAAUCAUUUUGUCUAAAAGGUUUCAACUCGUGUUAAAAAGUGCCACUGCCAUCACUUUUCAUAGGGACUAUUUCUUUGGUUGAAAGUAGUCCCCAUAAAAACUGUUUACACUGGAUUGUGUGGAUUAUCAAAGAGCGUUACAUUUGAUUUCUCCACUUCGGUUACUUAACAUUCUAAUCAAUUCAGGCGUCAACUAAUUUAGUGAUUGGAUUGACAAUUUGAUUAUUUAUUUCUGUCCUCAGAGCAGCUCUGCGUCCAAAAACAGUAGUUGCACAUUCCUCCACAGAGACAUGUAGAAACACAUGAUGCACUUUAUAUUUCACACAUUUCAGAUCACAGGCUGGUCUUCAGGUCCACACUGUCUUAAUUGCACUGGUGAUAGAUGAGUAGAAGUGAUUCACUUUAGUUAGUUGUGUCUGAACUGGCUGCCAAGAAUAUUCACAGUAAUAACAAACAUGGUGUUUAUUCUCCUUAGUGUCUCUCCGUCAUUAUACUUGUAGGACGUCCUUUAAUGAAGGAUGUUUAAAUACAUUUUUAAAGUAGAGACAGUCUUUGUGUGAAAGCAUUAGCACUUUACAAACUUGAAAACUAUGCUGAAUUGUCAUAUUUUACUUUAAAAUUCGCAAGGAAGAAAAAUAUUUGUGCCGAUCUAAUCCAAAACAUCAUUAUUGUGAGAGAAUUUAAAAUAUAAACUAUGCAAAUGUUUGAAAGCUGUUGUGAUGCUCAGUUAAAUUAAACAUGUAUAUCUCUUUAUCGUUGGGUUAUCUGUUAUAUUUCUAUGUGUAUUUUGCUAUUUUUU